AUGCGGCGCACGUCGGUCUCGUUGCCUACGAAGCACGUCGCUCACGAUCCCCACGAGAAGCCUGCCCGAUACGGAUCCAACAACCACAACGAGAACGGAAUCCUUGCGAAUUUGAAAGCCGUCUGGAUGUCUCAAGCACAGAAGGCCCGAUGGGCGAAGACGGCGGCGAUAGUACUCGUCCUGGUCGGCUUCUUCUACUGGCUAUCGCCCAAGGGCGUUGAUAUCUAUAACGGAGGGGUUUCCCACUCCAACUCUGGCCAAGUCCCCAGCGACUCGUCGUACGGAACAGACCGAUGCACGCGCUCCUACUCCAAGGACAAGCCCAUCGUUCAGUAUCAUGAGGAGUUCAAGAUGACCCAACCCGAGGUUGGUGGCCUUAGCAAGUAUAAGGACGACCCCGAGGGCGCCGCUCGCACCCUUGACCCGCUCAUGGCGGUUGCUAUGAGCACCGUUCCCGAUAAGCUCAAGGCUUGCAGCCCCGUCGCUGUCAAGGCUACCGCUGGUCUUCGCAUGACUGGCGAAAAGCAGGCCGAAAAGAUCCUCGAGACUGUUCGCAACCAUCUCGAGACCAAGUACCCCUUCCCCGUCGUCUCCAAGGAAGACAACGGCGUUGCCAUCAUGGAUGGUUCCGAUGAAGGUGUAUACGCUUGGAUCACCACCAACUACCUCCUCGGCAAGAUUGGCGGCCCUGACAAGAGCCCCACUGCUGCCGUCUUUGAUCUCGGCGGUGGCUCUACCCAAAUCGUCUUCGAGCCCACCUUCAAGGAUGCUCCUCAUGGCGGUAUGCCCGAGAAGCUUGCCGAUGGCGAUCACAAGUACGAGCUCGACUUUGGCGGCCGCAAGUUCACUUUGUACCAGCACUCCCAUCUCGGCUACGGUCUUAUGGCUGCCCGUGAGGCUAUCCACAAGGCGCUGGUGCAAGGCGUCUACGAUGAGCACAAGGAGAGCAAGAGCUGGAUGUCGAAGCCCGUUGUACACCCCUGCAUCGCUCCUGGCAUGACUCGCGAGAUUACCGUCAAGAUGGGCGACAACCAUCCCCUCGGCGAGAGCGUCACCCUCAACAUGACGGGUCCUUCCAACCCCGGCCCUGCCCAGUGCAGGAACAUUGCCGAGCAGAUUCUCAACAAGGACAAGUCUUGCGGCCUUGCCCCUUGCUCUUUCAACGGCGUCCACCAGCCUCUCCUCUCCAAGACCUUUUCCAGCGAGGAUGUCUACAUCUUCUCCUAUUUCUACGACCGCACCAAGCCGCUCGGCAUGCCCGACUCCUUCACCCUCCGCGAGAUGCACGACCUCACCAACACUGUUUGUGGUGGCGAGAGCGCCUGGGAUGUCUUCUCCACCGUUCCCGAUGCCCUCGACGAACUUCGCGAUCGCCCCGAGCACUGCCUUGACCUCAACUUCAUGCUUGCUCUCCUCCACUCUGGUUAUGACAUGCCUAUUGAGCGCGAGGUUCGCAUCGCCAAGAAGAUCAAGGGCAACGAAUUGGGCUGGUGUCUUGGCGCCAGGUCCGACCCCGUCGAGCAAUGUCUCAACAGCUUCGGUUCUACUGCCCCACUGUACACUCCUCUCACGUUCCGGGUCUACCACCUCGAUCCGAUGCGGAUAGAUUUUGCGGGCGGCGAGGGCAACGAGAGCGGGCGUGACGUAGUCGACCUUGUGGAGAGGCGCGAGGCAGCGGACGAGGUGGUCGAAGUGCUUGGUGGCCAUCGGGAAGCGCCGCGGGCGAAGGCGCGGUGCAUGCGGAGGAAGGAGACGAUGUUCAUCUGGUAG